UUUCCAACUAUCACUUUCGAUUUCUUCAUCAUUCGGAACAGUUCUAAUUCUUGUGUUAGGAUUGUGUACACGUUGUUGGGAAUAUGGCUGAUGUAACGAAUGUUUUUAAAGCCACAGUAAAGGCUUUGCGAUCGAGAAAGAAAUUUACUGGAGAUGUUCAACAUAAAUCUCAAACAUUUACUAAUAUUUUACCAUCAUCAAAGCACAAGGGAGAUUUUGAAAGGAAAAGCAAAGAAGUAGUCAGUAGUAUUUCAAAGUUGAAAGAUUUCUUGAUGGAACACAGGAAAGCUUAUGUCAGCACUGGCAGCCACCUUAGUGCAGAAACAUCCAGCAUGACGGAUACAGAACGAGACCAGAUUGAUGAAGAGGCUGAGAAAGUGAUACACAUGUGCCAGGAAUCAGUAGCUCUCAUCAAGAACUUAAAUGCCAGAGUUCAACCUCAGGUUAAGGAGCACCGGUCAUCAGUCAUCAGACUUGUAGAAGAUUACCUUAAAGUGGUUUGUAAAAUCUAUAGUGAACAGAGAGCAGUAAGGGUGAAAAGAGUGGUGGAUAGAAAAAGAUUGUCAAAGCUAGAACCUGACAAGUUAGUGAAAGAGAAAUGACAGAAAAAGCAGCCCUCUCCCACAGAAAACACUAAUAAUUCCAGUGAGGAGGAUCAAUCAAAUCAAGGUAGUUCUAACUAGUCACUAUUUUAUACAUGUAAA